UGGGACGCAUGCCCCGUGCGCACUGCGCGUCCUGGCCUGUCAGUAGCAGCCAGAUGGAAACGUAGGCAAGUGAAUUUGGUGAGGUCAUGUAUUUUUAAGGCGCACAACGGAAUAAAUCAUCCUUCACCGGCGGCAUAAACAAAUAGCGCGCUGCUUCGGAACAUUGCACCGCUGAUCGGACCGCGGGGGGAUCGACAGUUUGAUUUAACGACAGAGAGGACAUUUUUGGAUGCACAGAGAGCAGUAAUCGAAGAUUUCGCCAUGAACAAAAACAAGAGAGAAAGAGAGUUCUACAGCCUAGAUGUUGGGGAUUCAACGUUCACAGUACUGAAGCGAUACCAGAAUCUAAGACCCAUCGGCUCAGGAGCACAGGGAAUCGUCUGCUCUGCUUAUGACCAAAUACUUGAACGAAAUGUUGCCAUCAAGAAGCUGAGUCGGCCAUUUCAAAAUCAAACCCAUGCCAAGAGGGCGUUCAGAGAGCUAGUCCUAAUGAAAUGUGUCAAUCACAAAAAUAUCAUUGGCUUAUUAAAUGUGUUUACACCACAAAAAUCAUUAGAAGAAUUCCAAGAUGUAUACUUGGUGAUGGAGCUGAUGGAUGCCAACCUGUGCCAGGUCAUUCAAAUGGAGCUGGACCAUGAGAGGCUGUCCUAUCUGCUCUAUCAGAUGUUAUGUGGUAUCAAACACCUCCAUGCUGCCGGCAUCAUUCACAGAGACCUCAAGCCCAGUAACAUAGUUGUCAAGUCAGAUUGUACACUGAAGAUUUUGGACUUUGGCUUGGCUCGGACGGCUGCCACAGGCCUCCUGAUGACACCAUAUGUGGUUACACGCUACUACAGAGCACCAGAAGUUAUCCUGGGCAUGGGCUACCAAGCCAAUGUGGACAUAUGGUCUGUGGGCUGCAUUCUGGCGGAAAUGGUUCGCCAUAAAAUCCUCUUCCCAGGAAGGGACUACAUCGACCAGUGGAACAAGGUAAUUGAGCAACUAGGUACACCAUCUCAGGAUUUUCUAAUGAAGCUGAACCAGUCAGUCAGAACGUACGUAGAAAACAGACCACGCUAUGCUGGAUACAGCUUUGAGAAACUCUUCCCAGACGUGCUCUUCCCUGCCGACUCUGACCACAACAAACUGAAAGCGAGCCAAGCUAGAGAUCUCUUAUCCAAGAUGUUAGUGAUUGAUGCUUCCAAGCGCAUCUCUGUAGAUGAGGCCCUGCAGCAUCCCUAUAUCAAUGUUUGGUAUGACCCAGCUGAAGUGGAAGCACCCCCUCCAAAGGUCCUAGACAAACAGCUGGAUGAGAGGGAGCAUACCGUGGAAGAGUGGAAAGGGCUAAUUUAUAAGGAAGUGAGCGAAUGGGAGGACUGGACAAAAAAUGGAGUGAUAAGAGGCCAGCCACCUCCUUUAGGUGCAGCAGUGAUCGACAGCCCCCCUCAGCCCACGUCCUCCUCCUCUUCGGCCAACGAUGUCUCGUCCAUGUCCACAGAGCCCACUGACCCGAGCAGUGACCCCACCAUGACCUCUGAAACAGACAGCAGCUUGGACAGCCACACCUCUCUGGGUGCACUGGCCUGCUGCAGAUAACGCGCGCACGCACACACACAUACAUACAUACAUACAUACACACACAUACAUACACACACACACACACACACAAACCUUUCCUCAUCAGUGUGUUUGAUGAGAGAGGGUUUAGGCCAAUGGAACUUCUCAUGUUAGUUUGUAGAGCUGCGCUUUUUAAUGUACAGUUUGUUUUUAUUUCCCCUCCCCCUAUACUGCUGUAAAUGAUUGUGGUUUGAAAUUGUAUUAUUAUUACUGUAUUUUUGCUGCAAAGAAUCAGAGUAUGUUUUAAUGUGAAUCUGUGAUGUAUGUUUUGAAAGAGAGGGAUUCGAGUGUACUUUACACAUUGCUGUUUUUUAGCUACUGCUACACAGUUGAAUACCAUACUGUUAGCACUGCAAAAUUAUGUUGAGUAUAUUUUUGAAUUGUUCAUUUGGCAUUUUUGUAUUGUUUUUGGGACAUUUGAAUGAAUCUACACCAAUUCUCUCUUUAGCAGUAGACUAUAGCACAUUUCAUCUUGGAUCCAAAUUGAAAAUAGAUGAUUUUAUUUUGAUAUUGUUCCUCAUCUUUCUUGUAGAAAGCGUCCCUUGGUGUAUCCAAGUUAACUUAUUUCUUAGUAUUUUGUCACCUCUGAUUGUGUGCAUCUUGACAAGACAAAUGGUCUAUUAACCCGACACUGAAUUUCUUGUUUACUACAGCAUACUGUUAAACUGACUGUAUUUUAACUUGUUUAUUUACUUAGAUGUAAUUUGUAGGUGAUGGUCUGUUUGUUGAGGAAGAACAGGGUGAAUGUAAGUGAAUAGAAAUGUGGCAUAGUGAGGAGCGAGUAAUUACUGUUAGCGCUGUAACAAGUUAAUGUAGGCCACUCCACUGGCUAGAAUGAGUUCUGUAUUUGGGGACUGUCACCAGAGACUAAGUCUAAAUUAGUCACUUUACCCUUUUGGCAGGUUCUUUCAGACAUUAUUCACAGCUGUCUGAUAUUUAAGAUAUUUAAUUUAAGUGCCCUUACUCAGUUCAAUGAUUUUCAGUCCUCUCCGUGGCAGAUGCCCCUCUCUUCUGUGGUGCGUCUUUCUGAGUUCUACCUCACACAUGCACACACACUCAAACACACGUUUUUGAAAAUACAGUAUGUAUAUCAUGGCACACGUCAUCUGACAGAAAUGCGAAAAAAGAUCCUUUUUUUUCUGUAUUUGUGUUAUUUAUUUAUUUAUUUCAAGCUAGGAGGCGUCUAUUGUAUGUAAUGUACAUUUCACUCAGAAGUACUAUUUAUAUGCAUUUUGUUUAAUUUUUUUGUUUUCUGUGCAAUAUAAUUCAUAGAUUAGUAUAGUCAGUGAUUGAUCUGUACAUUUUACUGUAGAUGUAUGUUUUCUGAGAGUCAGGAAACAGGCAUUUGCUACCUACCAUGAUAACCUUUGGAUGUAUUUGAUGGCUCAAAUUCCCAACCUGUCCCUUUGCCCUUUUCAUGGGCACUCCAGGCAGUAACCCCUAGCAUCAGCUCCCAGAAUGUACUUUGGGGAUUGUGACGCAUGUCCUGACCCUUUCUGGGCCACAUCUCAAGUGACUAUUGUGGCUUCCUCUUUUUGUGGUUUUCCUCUCCUCCAUCUCCUCAAAAAUAGAAAAGAUAGAAUAGACUACGCAUGAGUUUUCUCUGAGCAAAUCUGGUUUUAGUGCAGGUACAUUUAGAGGAAAGAAAGAGAAGCCAUUCAGCACUACUGGGAUGAUGCUGCAGUCUUCUGAUGGUUUGGCCAAACAUUGACAGCAAAGAGUGAACCUGUUGUAGUGUGUUUUGGUAAGGCCAGCUGUGUGAAUUUUGACCUUUGGAUCUGAAAUUGCCUCACUAACAGACUAAUUAUAUACAUCAGAAAUGGAAACUGUCUACCUUCAACUCCAGCAAAUAAAAGAGUUGAAUUUUAAUGUC